UCCACUCUAUUUUUUUUUUUCUAUUAUUAUUAUUAUUAUUCCCUUAUAAUGUCAGCAUCUGUUGAACAAAAGAUGGUCGAUUUGAAUAUUAACGAUAAGAAGCCUGCCGUUCCUAAAACUGAAAAGAAAGCCAAAAAGUCAAAAGGCGUUGAAGCAGAACAUCCCUUGGAAAUUUCUCCUGCUCCCGAAUACUUACAACACCGCAUUGACAUGUUCGACCGUUUGAAGGCUGAAUAUGAUGAAUCCAUCAAAAACAAACCUCGCGUCCCUAUCAACAUCACUUUACCUGAUGGUACUGUCAAGGAAGGUAUUUCUUGGGAAACCUCACCCAUGUCUAUUGCUCUCGGUAUCUCCAAAUCUCUUGCUGAACGUACUGUAAUUGCCAAGGUGAAUGGUGAAGUAUGGGAUUUGGAACGACCUUUUGAAGAUUCUUGCCAAAUGGAACUUUUGGACUUUGAACAUCCUGAAGGAAAACGUGUAUUCUGGCAUUCUAGUGCUCAUAUGUUGGGUGAAGCUUGUGAACGUCAUUAUGGUUGUCAUCUUUGUAUUGGUCCCCCUCUUGAAGAAGGUUUCUAUUACGAAAUGGGUCUUAAGGAUCGUGUCGUUUCUCAAAAUGAUUAUGCCAGUCUUGAAAAGUUGGUUGGUAUGAUCACCAAAGAAAAACAACCAUUCGAACGAUUGGAAAUGUCAAAGGAAAAUCUCUUGGAAAUGUUCAAGCACAAUCCUUACAAGGUUCAUAUCAUCAAUGACAAGAUUCCCGAUGGUACUUCUACCACUGUUUAUCGUUGUGGUCCUUUGAUUGAUUUAUGUAAGGGUCCUCAUGUUCCUCAUACUGGUCGUGUCAAGGCAAUGUCUGUCACCAAGAAUUCUGCCUCUUACUUUUUGGGUGAUGCUAAAAACGAUUCUCUUCAACGUUUGUAUGGUAUCUCUUUCCCUGAUAAGAAGCAAUUGACCGAAUACAAAAAAUUCAUUGAAGAAGCUUCCAAGCGUGAUCAUCGUAAAAUUGGUCGUGAACAAGAACUUUUCUUCUUCCAUGAAUUAUCUCCUGGUUCUGCUUUCAUGCUUCCUCAUGGUGCCCGUAUCUACAAUGCUCUUAUGGAUAUGAUCAAGGAACAAUACCGUGUCCGUGGAUUCACCGAAGUCAUGACUCCAAAUAUGUUUAACCUCAAAUUAUGGAAACAAUCUGGUCAUGCUGCCAAGUAUCAAGAAAAUAUGUUCUGUUUGGAAGUUGAUAAGGAAGAAUUUGCUUUGAAGCCCAUGAACUGUCCUAGUCAUUGUUUGAUGUUCGGUCACAAGGAACGUAGUUAUCGUGAUUUGCCUGUACGUUUUGCUGAUUUUGGUGUACUUCAUCGUAAUGAAUUCUCAGGCGCUCUUUCUGGUUUGACUCGUGUCCGUCGUUUCCAACAAGAUGAUGCUCAUAUUUUCUGUCGUCAAGAUCAGAUCGAUGAAGAAAUGACGAACUGUUUUGAAUUCAUGAGUCAUGUUUAUGGUGUAUUUGGAUUUGAAUUCCAUUUGAAGCUCUCUACUCGUCCAGAUAACUUUAUUGGUGAAAUUUCUGUGUGGGACAAUGCUGAAAAGACUUUGGAAGCUGCACUUGUCCGAUUUGCUGAAGAAAAAGGAUUCACCUGGGAAUUGAAUGCUGGUGAUGGUGCUUUCUAUGGUCCCAAGAUUGAUAUUGUGAUCUCUGAUGCUUUACGCCGCAAACAUCAAUGUGCCACCAUCCAACUUGAUUUCCAAUUACCUGAGCGCUUUGAAUUGGAAUAUCGUACUGAAAGCACCACCGAUGAUAAGAAAUUGAGUCGACCUGUAAUCAUCCACCGUGCCAUUCUAGGAUCCGUUGAACGUAUGAUGGGUAUCUUAAUUGAACACUUUGGUGGUAAAUUCCCCUUCUGGUUAUCUCCUCGCCAAAUCAGUGUGAUCCCUGUGGCUGCUCCUUACUUUGAUUAUGCUGAAGAAAUCGUUACUCGAUUGACUGCUCUUGGUCUCUAUGCCGAUGCCGAUCUUUCUGACAGCACCCUCAAUAAGAAGAUUAGAAACAGUGAAGUGUCUCAUUACAACUUUAUCUUUGUCGUUGGUGAAGAAGAACAAACUACCAAAUCAGUCAAUGUUCGCAACCGAGAUGAUGUUGGAUCCAAACAUAAGGGCAAGACCAUUCCUUUGGAAGAAGUAAUUGCUAGCGUUCUUGCUUUGAAGGAAAGCAAGAAUUUGGAAAACAAACUCUAAAGUGUAUGUGUGUGUGUAUGUGUAGAUUUAUUAAUCCGUUGUUGUUUUAGUUUAGUGUAUAUGAUCUCUUUUUUUUUUUUAGUAUAGUAU